AUGCGACUUGGACCAUUUCUUGCAACUCGCUCUUUAAAAAACGCCGCAACUCCAACUAAGGAAACUUCGCAGCAGACGGCUCAUCCAGUAUUCGAGCCCACAACUCAGCCAGCGGUAGCGCGAGACUUUUCGAAUGUGCCAAGUCCUACGCCGACAGAUCAACUGCCUAGCCAAGCAAAUAGCACGCAAACAAACAACACACAAACAAGCAAUGGCCUUGACGCAGCGACCAAGAUCGGCCUGGAAUCCGGCAUCACUCUGGGCAUUCUGGUCUUGAUAGUGGCGAUAGGGCUCUGCGUAUAUGCCUUUAGUGGCCGAAAACCGGAUAGAGAGGCGGAUGAAGACGCGGAAAUCAGAAGCUGCGUAGUAGAGCCAGGUACACCACAUGAUUCAAUACCGGAGCUUUCCACUUCGCAAAUGUAUCAAACUGGUAGGCAUCGAUAUGAGCCACUACCGAACAACAUGAACCCUACAUUCUCGCAAGUCCCGAUCUUGCCAGCAGUUCCUCAGAGGGUUCCUGUUAUGCUUGACCGAUGGGGAAGGCCAGAUUAUAGCUCGCAGCCUUUAAUGAAUGCUGCCGAGUUGGAGGAUGGAUAUACUUGGAACAGACACCCCAGAAUGUCGGAACUGAAUCCGACUCCAUCUACCUACAGAAAAUCAGUGUAUUCACGACCGGCCGAGUUGGAUAAUAGCCAUGCUGGAACUCCAGCUGGAAAUCCAAAAGCCGUACAUUUGAUCCCCCGGAAGCAGGUUGGAAGCCAUGCAAAGCUGCCACGGUCAGAGCCAUACUUGGGCCCGACAUGA